GUCCUCUUGAAUGUCCCUCCCCCCUUCUCCUCUUCCCAAUUUCCCCCCAAAAAUGGCUCGAUUUGAGUAUUUGCGUGAUUAGAUGGAUAGUUUUUGAAAUUUUGUCCACAUGUAAAAUUGUUUCCUCUUCCUUCGUAUAUAUACAAAAGCCCUUUUGUCCUUUCACCACACGCCGCUGCCCCCCCCCUUCUGUCUAUCCGAUCCGGACGGGCCAUGGUCCCAUAGGAGCUGAGAGAAAGCCAUGUCGACCCAGUUCAAAGAAUCCCUCGACCGCGAGGAUGCCCCGUUUCUGUCGGCUGCUGCUGCUGCCGGCGUCGCCUCCGAUUCCAACGUUCACCGGACCAAUGCAGCCCACAAGCACAAUGACGAUGGGGAUGAGAGUGACGACUCGCACCACCACCACCACCACGAGGAAGAGGAGGAUGAGGAGGAGGAUGUCAAACUGGUCAACAAGAAGAUCCGCUUUCGCCUCAUGGUGACACUGUUCGCCAUGAUCCUCGCCGUCGAGGUCGGCAUCUGCAUGUCCAACGGUCCCGUCACCCGCAUCUUCGAGUCGAUCGCCUGCCGCGAGUACUAUGCGCAGUACGACCCCACGCAAAUCGGCGCCAACGGGCAGGUCGACGAGGAUCUGUGCAAGAUCAAGGAGGUCCAGCAGGAUCUGGCCGCCGUCAAGGGAUACAUGGAGUUUUUCGAUGGGACUUUGAGUGCUAUCUUGGCAAUCCCCUAUGGUCUGAUGGCGGACCGAUUCGGACGGAAAUCCACCAUCUGUUUGAGCAUCCCCGGCUUCGUUCUCAAUUGCCUCAUGCAGCUGGCUGUCAUGUGGUUCCCGGAUACGUUCCCCCUGCGAACCGUGUGGGCGUCGUCGUUGGCCUGGCUGCUGGGCGGGGGACCUGUCGUCGCGUUUGCGAUUAUCUGGACGAUGAUGUCGGAUGUCUCGACUGAAGAGGAACGAGCGGCGAUUUUCUUCAAGUUUGGGGUGGCGGGCAUGGGGGCUGAUUUCGCGUCCAGCGCGGCCAGCUCGUGGCUGAUGGCCCUCGAUCCGUGGCUGCCCUUGUUGCUGGGAUGGGCUCUCGCUAUUAUUGGGAUGUUCUUCGCCUUGUCGUUGCCGGAGACCAUGGGCGCCUUCCCAGGGCGUGGGUCGAAGAAGUCGAAUAAUCUGGAACUCGGACAGAUCUUCCCCAGCCACUCCGAAUAUAAAUCCGUCCCGAGCAAAGAGCAGGAGCAGGAGGUGUCCAGUGAUGACGAGGACUCUGGUCCGGGGGAGUCGCACGUCGAUGAGAAGAGCGGUGCAGCCACCGCUACCGCUACCAGACGGACCUUCUUCGCCGCAGUGAAACGCCGGGUCCAGGCCUAUUUCGCUCCUUACGCCUUCAUUGUACAAAACCGCCAGAUUAUGCUCCUCCUGACGGCGUUCCUCGUCUACCGACUCAGCCGCGGCUCGUCCUGGUUUCUGGUGCAGUACAUCUCCACCCGGUUCAAGUGGACCCUGGCGGAAGCCAACUUCCUCAUGUCCUUCAAGCCGGCCCUGACCAUCCCGCUAUUCCUCUUCGUCCUCCCGGCCAUCUCGCGACGCCUGCUCAAGUCCAUGAAGCCCACGCAGAAGGAUCUGACCCUGAUGCGCAUCAGCAUCGUGUUCUUGGCGGUCGGGACCCUGGGGAUCGGGCUCUCGAGCCACGUGUACAUGCUGAUCCCGAGUCUGCUGCUGCAGACCUCCGGGUCCGGGUUCGUCUUCCUGACGCGCUCGUUGAUCACGACGCUGGUGAAGCGGGAGGAGACGGCGCGGCUGUUCACGAUCAUCGAGGUCCUGCAGUCGAUGGGCAACGUGAUUGCCAGUCUGUCGAUCACGACUGUGUUUCAGAUUGGGCUGGAGCUGGGAGGGCGGUGGAUUGGCCUGGCGUGGAUGAUGACUGCCACGGCGUUCAUGAUGGUGGGAGUGGCGGUUUAUAUGUUCCGCUUGCCUCGUUCAUGAGAGGCGAAUUUUUUGAGCGA